AUGUCGAGAUUGAAGGAGUUCUGUACCACGAAAACGUUGUUGGGUCUUGGACUGGGGCAAUUUCUCUCGCUGUUGAUUACUUCUACUGGUUUUGCUUCAUCUGAACUCGCCAGAAAAGGGAUCAAUGCUCCAACUUCUCAAUCAUUUCUAAAUUAUGUAUUAUUAGCUAUUGUUUAUGGCGGUAUUAUGCUAUACCGGAGAGAAAAACUUAAGGCCAAAUGGUAUUACUAUCUAGUUCUCGGAUUGAUAGAUGUGGAGGCCAAUUUUCUUGUGGUGAAGGCCUAUCAGUACACCUCACUUACAAGUGUCAUGUUGCUGGAUUGUUGGUCAAUCCCAUCGGUUAUGAUUCUCACCUGGAUUUUUCUGAAGACUAAGUACAGAUUCAAGAAGAUAACUGGAGUAGUCGUCUGUGUUGCUGGCCUUGUGGCGGUUGUGUUUUCAGAUGUUCAUUCUGGUGAUUGGUCAGGAGGAAGCAAACCUCUUUUAGGAGAUGGUUUGGUCGUUGCAGGGGCAACGCUCUAUGCUGUCAGUAAUGUCAGUGAGGAGUUCCUUGUCAAAAAUGCUGACAGAGUUGAACUCAUGGCACUGCUUGGCUUUUUUGGUGCCAUUAUCAGUGCUAUACAAAUAGCCAUUCUGGAGCGUACUGAGUUGAAAUCUAUUCAUUGGUCAGCUGGAGCAGCUUUUCCAUUCUUUGGGUUUGCGUCAGUGAUGUUCCUGUUCUACUCAUCCGUUCCUGUUUUGCUCAAGAUGACAGGUUCUACCAUGCUCAACCUGUCUUUGCUUUCGUCAGACAUGUGGGCAGUCUUGAUUCGCAUCUUUGCCUACCAUCAGAAGGUUGAUUGGAUCUACUUCAUCGCAUUUGGUGCCGUGGUAAUUGGGUUGGUCAUUUACUCUGGAGGUGCAGCAGACGAGGAUCGAUCUACAGAUGUAGCAAACGAAGACGCUGAAAGAAGCAAACAGGAUGAGGAAGCUGGAGCUACUGCAAGUCGCAGUAGAGGAUUGCUUGCUGGGAGCAGCUCAAAAUCAGGGUAG